AUGACUGAAGUGGAUGUUUUUAUAAGCAAUUACACUCUAGUUGAUCCAGAAAUUUAUGAUUUAUGGAUAGAAGGACAUACAGCCAGUGAAGCUGUAGCUAUCCUCGACAAAAAAGGUCUUGGCAAAGAAACUGGAGCCUCGUUGGAACUCAUUGCCAGUGAUGUCUUGGAUCAUUAUCGUACCUAUUCCUUGCUAGAGAAACUAUUAAGUAAUCCCAGCAAGUUACACGAACAAAUGGCUUUUCAAAUUGAACCAGAUACUAGACAAUUACUUAUUGAAAAAUAUUACGAGUUCAAUGAUGUAGUUGUCAGGGAACUAUUAGGGAAAAAGUUGAGUUCUAAAAAUAGGAAGGAUUUAGACGAAGUUGCAGAUAAAACUGGAAAGCCUUUGAAGUCUUGUAGGAGACAAUUUGACAAUAUCAAAAGGGUAUAUAAAAUCGUAGAAGAGAUUCCAGGUUCUAUUGUUGAAAAUAUAAAAAAGUAUUUCUAUUUAUCAGACGAAUUAGCUAAAGAAUAUGCCAGUAUUGUGUUUUUGUCAUCCAUAAGAUUUGAAACAUCAAAAAAGAAACUUAAUACAAUGAGUUUUUCUGGUUGGAAAAAAUGUUGUGAAGCAAUAAUGGCUCAUUGGACUUAUAAAUUAGUAGGACCUGAAUAUUAUGACACUGAAAUGGAUAAAGAAUUUUUGUUGGAAUUAAGAGAACUUAAAGUAUUGUUGGAUAGGGAAAAAGAACAUAAACAAUUAGUUUGUGUUACUCUUAAACCUAAACUUCUCCAAAAAAGCUAUAUUGAGCUCGAUACCAAUUUCCGUAAAUAUACUGGAGCCAUUAUAGCGUUAGCUUCAACUCUACACAGAUCCAGAGACAUGAGAAAUUUGUUUGUAGAAUUUUCACAAAUUUUGGAAUUAUUUAAGACUGGUAAUUGGACCAAUCACGAUUUGCAACAAUUUUUAAAUGCUUAUACUGGGUGCGCUUGUGAGUUGGAUGUUAUCAGAACUGAUCUCGGACUUAAAUCUUGCUGGGAAAAGUUCAUGGCGGUUGUUGAAGUUUGCAUGGUAGUUAUGAAUUCUCCCACAUAA